CACUGGCAGCAGACGGCACAACGGAUUGCUCUGUCGGAAGGAAGGAAGAAAAGAUCGUCUGCAGCCAACAAGAAUUGUCUUAUGCUGCCACAACUAAAUAAGAUCAUCAUGAUUUUUUUCUGGGUAACGUGCUUUGUUUCCAUUUUACCCGUCAUCGUUCAAGGUCGUGUCACGUUUGCCAAAAGCACGGGGCUGAGUUGGGGUGGCAGCUCGUACUUCACACUGAGAAACGUUUCCCUUCAUGAAUGUCAGCGGUGGUGCCGCGAUGAACCAGAGUGUGAAGCUGUCGCUUUCGACUAUGCAGUACGUCCUCAGGACGGCAUGCCUGAGACCACCUGCACACUGCGCAACGACACUGCUGCUGGGAAGACCAACGCUGCCCCCAAGAGAGGGAAACACACUUACUAUUUGACAAAGAUGCAUGUUAAUUCAGAUCACCUGUGUGAUCGGCUGUGGUCUUUCGAGUGGAUCCCCAACAAGAUCCUCCGGGGUUUAGACAACGCCAUCAUCUUCACCUCCAACCGGGAGUCGUGCCUGGCCGCCUGCCUCUCCGAAUCCCGGUUCGUGUGCCGCAGCGUCGAGUUCAACGCCGUCACGCACGAGUGCCACCUCAGCGAGUUCGACCGCAGGAGCCCCGGCGCCGACUCGCACCUCGUCGACUCGCAGGGAGUCGAUUACCUGGAGAACUUCUGUUUGCCCGCUGCAAUGAUAUGUCCUGGACCAAAACAUUAUAAUUACCUGCAAGUGGGUCUUUCCCAAGCUGCAAUCACUAGCUACGUUCAAUAUAACUAUUAUCCAGACAAGCAAAUAGUGGUGAACAAUCGCCAAGACUGUUUGCAGCAAUGCUCUUCGGAGGAAGUGUUUCUCUGUAGGUCGGUCCUCUUCAAACCAGACACUCGACCAGGAAAAGCCCUCUGUGUCCUCUAUCAUCUCGACCACACAGCUUUCCCCGGCGGUACUGAGGAUCUGACCACUGAGAGUCCUCAGCCUGUCAGCGCAGGAGAGAGGUCUCGUUUCUAUUUGGAAACAGUCUGUGGAACUGCUCCAUCUGAGGGAACAUUCAAUCCGCAAGUGCCAGAGCAAAAACCAGAACUCUUCCAGAUCACCACCCCGAAAACGGCAGCCAUGAUGGCCGAUGAACAAGACCCCUCUUGUGAUGCUUAUGGAGUAUGCUAUGAUGUGAAAAUACGUUGCAGUGAUACCAAGAUCGUCGUGUUUGUGGAGACUUCCCGCCCUUUCCAUGGCCGCGUGUACGCGUUGGGGAGAAGCGAGACUUGCAAUGCACACAUUCACAAUAGCCAGAACUUCCAACUAGAACUUUCACUCUCCGGGCAAGAUUGUAACACCCAGUCUCUGGCUGGAGUGUACACAAACACAGUCGUUCUUCAGCACCACAACGUAGUCCUGACAAAAGCGGAUAAGAUGUACAAUGUUCGAUGUACCUACGAAACUACGUCCAGAAACAUCUCGUUUGGAAUGAUACCUGUGAGAGACCCUGCCACCUUGGAAAUCUCUGGAGCCCCCGAAGCACCCCUGCCGCAGAUUGUCAUCCUGGGUCAGGAUGGAAGAGAAGCAAGCACAGUGCGUAUUGGAGACAGACUCACUUUCCACAUCGAGAUCCCGAAAGACACGCCCUAUGGAAUCUUCGCUCGCAGUUGUUUCGCCAUGGCUAAAGACGGAAGGAGCACUUUUGAAAUAAUCGACGAUAGAGGCUGCCCCGUGGACCCUGUGAUUUUCCCCAGAUUCAUCCAGAACGGAGAGGCUCUGGAGAGCUCUUACGAAGCGUUUCGUUUUACAGAAUCCUAUGGAGUCAUUUUCCAAUGUAAUGUCAAAUAUUGUGUUGGAAAGUGCGAACCGGCGGUAUGUGGGGAUUACUUAAGUCUGGCCCGUGAGGAAUCUUGGGGGAGGAAAAAGAGAUCUCCCUCGGAGACAAUUCAGGACGAAAUGACCCUCAGCAAGGAGAUCUUGGUCCUUGAUUUCGGGGAUGAAGGAGUCUCCACUUCGCUCCAGAACAACCCUCAUUCUGCCAAUGAAACCUUCGUCGUCCAACAGUCGGUGGGUCUUUUGGACGAGUGUGCAUCACGGACUUCAGUGAUGGCGCUUGGAGUUACGACGGCUCUUCUUCUUGUCAUCUACAUCUGUACUGUAUCCUACUUCGUUGCUCAUCAGAGAGCAGAAAAAGAACUUAGAGGAUAGGGAGGACCCCCUCUCCCCAUAAACUUAAUGAAUCCUAAGAGUGACUUCCGAAUGUUUGGAUCAAAAACACCAAUUUUUCUCCCCCUUGCUAAAAAUCGCAGCCAAUCUCUUGAGUACUUUUUUUUAAAAAUAAAAUUCGAACUAUCUCAUAAGAACUCUAAAAAUGUCAGAGUAAUUAUAAAUUUUUUUGCAGUUUAAUUUUUCUUGAAAAAUUUUAAUUCGUAGUAACAAGUUAACUUUGCACAGUAUGAGUACGUACAUCCAAUAUCAUAAUUUUAAACAUUGAAAUAUGAAGCUUUAGCAUGUUGAUAGUUUAAAAUUAUUUCCCUCCAAACUACUCUUUAUUAUGCGUUUUGUUUUAACUAGCCCAGUCAAAUAUUCGAAAUUAUUGUGCAAAAAUAACAUACUUCAAAAGGUCAAUUAAAGCAAAAUAUAGAUUUCACAAUUUAUUCAAUAUUCCUAAUCAAAUGUAUCUAAUGUGUUAAGAUUUUUUUUUUUUUUUCGGAAUUAAAAGCAUUGGAAAAUUGAGCAUUAAUAUAUGACAAUGAAACUCUAAAGUCAUGAAGCAUUUUCAAGACAAAUUGUGCCUUAGUGUAUAUAAGUUCUCUGUUUAAAAUCACUCUGUCACAAAAAUUUGUUUUUCCCAUUUCACUUCGAAAAUGUUAGUUACAUCCAACGUAUACUUGUUAGUUUCUUUUUGAAGAAAAACUUCAUUUCAUAAUUGCAAGGACAUGCUGGUUCUACAUUUUUUGCCAUUUUCAAUCAUUAUUUAUUUAUUUAUUUAUUUUCUCAUGUCUCAUUUCAUUAGCUUUAGACGAAAGUUUCUCAUAAAUUAGCUACAUAAUUUGCCGGUAAAAUUAAUUUAUUUCAUGGCAUGGUUUGCUGGUAUUGAACUUUUGGUGAUGCUUUCGAACAAACUCACAGUUGUGAAAAACUACAUGACGUGCUUUCAUCAUACGCAAUCAUUUUUGGAUAGUUAUCUAAUCCUGUUUGAAGUGUGAGCACACUUUUCGAAGAUUUCUGGUCAAUUCCAAUAUCAGUAUUGUAUUAUAAAUUAAUUUGAGAGACAGUGUAUGUAUGUUUUUCAUAACUUUGAAUGAGAUUAAAAUUACAUGGGGCCUUGAAUUAUCUUGAUGGGAUGUAAAUUUAUGU